AUGAGAGGACAGGCCAUAUACUCUAUUUUCUCUCUGAGGGAUCAAAUCAAGUCCAAGAAUGAUAACGCACUUAUUAUCGACAUAUCCCAACUUCUGAGCUUAUUCAAUGAAAUCGUCUCCUCUUUCCAUAAGAGUGCAAAGAAUAUUAUUGUAGCAAUUAAACAACAUCUUAAAAGAGAAUCACACUUACAAUUAAAAAUUGUUUUCACAAGCUUUGGCUUGCUUAAAGACUAUGCUACAAAUGGAGUAAAAAUCUUUAACAAACUUAUAUGGGUUACAUCCCAACAGAUGCUCGAAAAUUCUUUUUGUCAGUCAAGAUUAGAAAUAUACUAUUAG